CAGCUUAUAGAUUUCCAGUCAUUUCUUGGUGCACAAUUGAAUCUGAUCCCGAUCGUUGAGAGCCAAGAAGAUUUACACUUUACAUCCCUCUACCCUGUCUUAAAGAUCGUUGAGAGCCAAGAAGAUUAAAAUCUAGCAGUUGAAGCUGUUUACACCAUGGAAGGUAGAAGUAGAAGCGAAAGCUCACACGAGCUGCAAAAUGUGGAUGCCGGAAAAGCAUUUUUGAGCAAUCCCGAAGUCACAGAAUCUUAUUGUCAGUUGUGCAUGGAAAGAGUCGAAAAAUACGGAAUGAUGGACAUACCAGAGGGGUUAUAUUAUGUUACAGAUGAAUUAAAUAAGAAAUAUCAAUCGAGGCUUACGGUCGAUGAUAUUAUUGAUAAAUAUAUGGAACUCCUUUCUAGCUGGAAAAUCUGGAUAAAAUUGAUCAAGGAUGAGGAGAAGUUGGUCGUUCUUGAUUGGGUUAAUGGUAAAAUUACUUUGGCAGACAACUCAUGGUGGGAAAGAAAGUUAAAGGAGUUCCCUGAGGCGGCUUUUAUACGUGAAGUAGGUCUGCCAAAUGUAAGUAUUUUAGACAUCAUAUUCGGAAGCUGUACAACGGUUGUACCGAAGGGCUUAGGAAUAUCAAGUGUUUCUCUUGAGGACUCGGACUCGGAGGCUAGUACUGCGGGUUCAGACAAGGUUGAGCUGAUGAAGAAAGUAAAAAGGAGGUUAGCCAAAAUUCCUGAAUUGAAGUCAGAUGAGGCCCUCGCUAUGUUCUGUAAAGAACUGUUUGUUGAUAUAUCUAAAAGAGUCUGGUUUUGUGCAAUCCAACCGAACCUGCGGUUGUUGUGGCUCCAAAGUGAAUUCAAAGAAUUUAACAAAAGGCAGGAGGAGAGUGAAGCAAAUGAGAGCCAUUCUGCCGUUGCGAGAGAAUCACACAGUGACGCCUGUUUUGAGUGUUUUUAAUAUACUAAAAACGUGUGUUGUGUAUUGAAAUGUGUGAAAAGUUGUUUAAAAUAUGUAAAUAUGGGUUAGAACUAACCAACCAAA